CCCCGGCCCCGCCCCGCUGUCCCGCCGGGCCGCACGGGGGCGCGCUGGCGCCGCGCCGGCCCCGCCCCUGCCCCGCCCCGCCCCGCCCCGCGCCGCCGAGACAAGAUGGCGGCAGCGUGGCAGCGCCGGUAGUAGCGGCCAUGGAGGCGGAGAGCGGUCCGCUGGGUCCGGGAGAGCGAUGGGCGCCGGUGGGCGCCGUGUCGGCCGCGGCGGAGGAGGAGGAAGAAGAGGACGAGCAGGAAGACGAGGAGGAGGCGGCGGCGGGCGGGUCGCCGCGGUCGGUGCCGCGGCUGCGGGCGGAGCGGCGGCGCCUGCAGGGGGCGCUGCUGGCGCUGGCCUCGCACUUCGCGCAGGUUCAGUUCCGGCUGCGGCAGGUGGCGCGCGCCGGCCCGGCCGAGCAGCGGCGGCUGCUCCGGGACCUGGAGGAGUUCGCGUUCCGAGGCUGCCCCGCGCCCGGCGCCGCGCCGAGUGAGCAAGAGAAGCAGGACCAAAGUGAGAUCCUGAAGGAGAAGCAGAGAGAGCUGAUCCUGCAGCUCAAGACUCAGCUGGAUGACCUGGAGACUUUUGCUUACCAGGAGGGCAGCUAUGAUUCUCUGCCACAGUCCGUGGUUAUGGAGAGACAACAGAUGAUUAUAAAUGAGUUGAUAAAGAAGCUAGACAUGGACUUGAGUGAAGAUGUUGCAACGCUCUCUCCAGAGGAGCUGCGACAGCGUGUGGAUGCUGCCAUAGCACAGAUCGUUAAUCCAGCCAGGGUGAAGGAGCAGCUGGUGGAGCAACUGAAGACACAGAUCAGGGACCUUGAAAUGUUCAUCAACUUUAUUCAGGAUGAAGUUGGAAGCUCUGGUAAGGCAGAAGAUGGGCACUGUGAAUGCACAGGCAGAAAAGAUGGUGGUGGCUCCCACAAACCACAUCCACGGCCUCCUGGAAGCAGAGUGAGCCCAGAAGAUGCCAGGAAGAUGCGGGAAACAGGGCUGCAGCUGAUGCGCCGCAUGCUGGCGGUGCUGCAGAUCUUUGCUGUCAGCCAGUUCGGCUGCGCAACCGGCCAGAUUCCCCACAGCCUCUGGCAGAAGGACCAAGCUGACCGGGACUAUUCCCCCUUACUCAAGAGACUGGAGUUGUCUGUAGAGCGGGUGAGGCAGCUGGCAAUGAAGCACCAGGAGGAAGACCAUGUCAUCAGCUGCUCUGACCUGCAGGACGUUCCCUUGGGAGGCAGGGAUGAGCUGACUCUGGCUGUGCGGAAGGAGCUGGCCAUUGCUUUGCGAGACCUGAUGGCCCACGGGCUCUACGCCUCUUCUCCGGGAAUGAGCCUGGUGCUGGCCCCCAUCGCCUGCUUGAUUCCCGCCUUCACCUCAUCCCCGAAGACCAUGCAUCCCUGGGAGCUCUUUGUGAAGUAUUACAAUGCUAAGAACGGACAAGCCUUCGUGGAGUCCCCAGCUCGCAAGCUCUCCCAGUCCUUUGCCUUGCCUGUGACUGGAGGAGUGACCGUCACCCCCAAGCAGAGCCUGCUGACAGCCAUCCACACUGUCCUGACAGAGCACGACCCCUUCAAGCGCAGUGCAGACUCAGAGCUGAAGGCCCUGGUGUGUAUGGCCCUGAACGAGCAGCGCCUGGUCUCCUGGGUGAACCUCAUCUGCAAAUCGGGAGCUCUGGUGCAGUCCCACUACCAGCCUUGGAGCUACAUGGCAAACACGGGCUUCGAGAGCGCGCUCAACAUCCUCAGUCGUCUGAGCAACUUGAAGUUCAACCUCCCAGUGGACCUGGCUGUCCGGCAGCUGAAAAACAUCAAAGAUGCUUUUUGAUGUGUUUUUAUUGUAGAUCAUCCAUUUUCCCACACGUAGGCAGCUGUUUGGCUCCGGAAGCCUCGAUUUUUUUAGGACCAAGUGUGGCUCUUUGAUGUUGGUAUUUUCUUUUGGGGAAAUCUUAUGGUGUCUUGAUUCUGGAAAUGUGUUUUACAAGGCUGCCCCUGCAGAGCUGCUGGAGGCUGUGUGCUGCACAGCUCCUCACCCUGCCCCGAAACGCCGCUCUGAAGAGCAGGAUGGCUUUGCUGGGGGCAGAUGUCAUUGAGCAUCUGUGUGAAGUGUGGGGUGGGCAGUAUCCUGGCCACGGAGCUGGGGGUGGCCUCUGGGAAUGUGCAGCUUGUGCUGCGUCUGUGUGGUUAUUUGUCAGAGCUCGUGGUCUAAUGACGCCCCCAGGAGACGCUGCUCCACGGGAGCAGAGCUGUCCGGGGGUGAGGGGUGUACUCCCCGCAGUGUGAACGUGUGAGGGAAAGGGGCAGGUCUGAGCUGUGGGAUGGGGGCUGUGCUUCUCCAGCCUCUCGGCAGUCUGGAGGUGGUCCCCCUGGCUGAGGGGCUGGCAGCUUUGUCCGGCGAUCCCGGAGCUCCUUUUUCGACUCCUUUGUGCAAUGGCCGGCGCAGCAGCUGCCUGGUGUUCUGUGGGGAUGCAUUAAACCGCUUCAGCAAGUG